CGGAGGCGGGGCAAAGCUGACGAGACGUCAAGAUGACAAAAAUUGAAGAUAAAAUCGUGCUGAGCCCCAAAUCGGCGAAGUCGAGCGUCAACGAUGCACAAGAUGGAGGACAGGAAUCAGGAAGUUACAACAACAGUGCUUUAGAAGAAGAGGAGGACUGCUAUGCUGUAGGGAGGACAGCGACCCCAUUGCCCAAGAUCACCAAAGUUGAAGGACUUUGCAUUGUGGAGUCAGAUCUGCCGGUCACUCAGACGAGUGACAGAAACAACAAUGCAGAUCAGAGUGUUGGGGGGACUGAGAUGAAGAAACUCAGUCGCAAGAAAGUAACGGACGAGCAGAGCUUAGAGGAAAACAAGCCACUGAAAAUCUCUGUGCAACGAGUGAGGAAAGGCAGAGGAGAAAGCAUGGAGGAUGACACACGUAUGGAGGAUAUCAACCUCCGAGACGAUGAUGGAGAUGUUGAGACGGCAGCUGCAGCUUCAAACGAAGAUGGGGAUGCCUUCGACAAAUUAGAGAGCGGUGGCAGGAAGAAUGUUACCCCUGCCUUUGAGAGUGCCGUGGAAGCUUUUGUGAGUCGCAAUGGGAAAAAUGGGAAGCCAGACCGUAACAAACCUCAGGAUGAAGGGGGAGGAGAUAGAGCAGAAAGCGGAGGGGAGACAAGACCGAAACCUGUGCCUUUUUACAUCUCCAAUGGGGCAGGAAGAACAGACAGUUCUGAGAUUGCCACAAAAGAUGACGUAGAUGCUGGCAGUGUCUAUUCUUUGUUCAUGGAGAAGGAUUUUCGUUAUCAUUUUCAGCACCCAUAUUUUCGGAUUUUCACUGCGUACUUUGUGACAUUUUGCAACUUUCUUAUCUAUGCUGAGGAUCCAGUAGCCCACAGUAGGCAGGAGUGCAACAUCCCUGUUAUUGGAAACGACUUUUCUUUUGUGUGUAUGAAGUGGUUACCCAAUGCAUGGAGUCUGCUCAAAGUUCUGCUGUGGAUCACCGGCACGCUAGUUGGACUAAUCAUUGGAAAGAUUGUGUUUCACACUCUGCUAUUCA